UUCAUUUCCAGCAUGUCUGAUUCAUUCUUGUAAUUUUUUCUGCACAGAGGUCGGAGGUCAGCUCAGGUUUUUUUGGGUUUGGAGUUGGGAUCUCCAGCUGAGCGUCACCACGGAGACGCUGCAGAUCUAAACCACAGCUGACCCUAAUAGUGUGUGUCAGUGUAGAGUGAGCUCAGGUCAGUAAGCCUCUUACAGUAAUGCACCUGCUCCGCUGAGCUCAGCAGGACGGUCGACCGACGCUCCUCAUUUUAUUCUCCUAAAAACAUGAGUCCUCAUCUUCAGGAGAGCCUCCUCCAGGUCUGACUGCUUCUCUUGGGUCCAGGUCAGGGGGGGGUGGGGGUCCUGAGGCGGGUCAGAGAUGCUCGGUGGAGACCUGGUAGCUGUGUGGGACGUAGCGCUGAGCGACGGCGUUUACAGGAUUGAGUUUGCUCACGGCACCACGACAGGGAAACGUAUUGUUUAUGUUAACGGACAGGAAGCCAUCAGGAAGGACUGGCUGUUCAAGCUGGUCGGGAAGGAGACUUUCACAGUCGGAGCGGCGAACACCAAAGCCACCAUAAACAUCGAGGCAAUCAGCGGCUUCGCCUACGAAUACUCGCUGGACAUCGACGGGAAGAGUCUGCAGAAGUUCACCGACAACCGAGCCAAGACCAGCAAGACCUGGGUGCUGAAAGUAGACGGAGAGGACUGCAGGGUCGUCCUCGAGAAGGACACCAUGGAUGUUUGGUGCAACGGGCAGAAGAUGGACACCAUGGGAGAGUUUGUGGACGAUGGCACAGAGACGCACUUCAUGGUGGGCGAACACGAGUGCUGCAUCAAGGCGACAAACAGCGGGAAGAAGAAGAGCGGCAUUGUGCAUUAUUUACUGCUGGAUGGAGAGAAAAUCCCAUCAUCCACUCAGUAACACAAAGCACCGCAGAACUUUCAAAAUAAGAGAGGGAAAAAAGAGACUAUGAAGGAGGUUUUUACAUCAGCCAAUCAGAAUCAAGCUGCUUCUGAUCGUUAUUUAUUAUAAUUAUUGGAUUCAAUGACACAA